AGUUAUUUAAGCAGCAGCAUAAAGCCUGCAAUUUUGCACAAUCCAUUGUCACUGCUCUCUCUCAUAGACUCCCACACACCAACAAAACCACAGUCGCUCUCACACUCAGAAAUGGACCCCAACGCCAAAGUGAAGAAAGGAGCCGGAGGGAGGAAAGGCGGUGGCCCGAAGAAGAAGCCCGUUUCGAGAUCCGUCAAGGCCGGUCUCCAGUUCCCGGUCGGCAGGAUCGGCCGGUUUCUGAAGAAGGGACGCUAUGCUCAGCGUGUGGGCACCGGCGCUCCGGUUUACAUGGCCGCCGUGCUUGAGUACCUCGCCGCCGAGGUUCUUGAGCUUGCUGGAAAUGCUGCAAGGGACAACAAGAGGAACAGGAUCAUCCCAAGGCACUUGCUGUUGGCUGUGAGGAACGACGAGGAGCUCGGGAAGCUUUUGGCCGGAGUCACCAUUGCCAACGGCGGAGUUAUCCCCAACAUCAACCCUGUUCUCCUGCCGAAGAAAACUGAGAAGGCUGCAGAGGCCGGAAAAUCACCAAAGAAGGCAACCAAGUCUCCCAAGAAGGCUUAAAUAGUAGUUUAUUGGGAUCUGUUUCGUUUUUCUAGGUUGUUUUUAGCUAUCUGUAUGUAGUUUGGGUUUGGGUUCUUUUGAUGAUAUGUAGGUGGAGGCUUGAUGAGUUGUGGGAUUAUAAUCUCAUGUUUUUGAAGUUGAAUGAAAAAUUAAUUUGUGAAAUUUCUAAUGAAUGGCUAUUGUGAUGUGAAUUUAAUUCUUCUGAAUGGUUUUGAUAUUCUCAACAAUGAAAUGUGGAUCCGUUUCCAAAAA